AAUGGAUAAAUAACACAAUUCUGGAAGAAAAUUGUGUCAACUGACUCAGGUUUAAAAAUGAUGAGGAGAACCCAGGAAAGAUCUAAAAGACACAGACGGAAAGCAGAUGGUCUGGUAGAGGGUUUUGUACAACCAACAAAAAUAAAAGCAUUCCUAGGAGCAAACGACAUUAAAAUAACAUGGCAACCUCCCCUGCAUACCAAAAGAGGUACCAUGAUGUAUCGAAUAGAAUGGCGGGAAAAAGCCAAACCAGCAGCUGAAACAAAUAAGGCAGAUACGAAAGGACAUUCUUAUGUAAUCAAAAAGCUUAUGCCAAAUACAGAGUAUGACGUCAGGUUACUAGCUUAUGUGCCUGGGUCGUUACCAACCGAGGAAAAAAAGAAAACGGAAGUUGCCAAAGAUUUGGCUCAAGAACCAGGUCAAAAGAUUCCUGCAGGAUCAAAAAUUGCUCAAGCAGGAACAGACCUGGCUAUUAUGAAGGCUAGGAUUGAAGACGUGGAUCAGAUAAUCAAAACGAUGCCUAAACAGCCGGAACAAAUCGAAGAAGAUUCUGAUAAUGAGAGCACAGUUGCUGGCAAGCGGGAUAAACCGCCAAUACUUGUACAUAAGAGAAAGGAACCUAAAAAAGUUGUGUUCAUCAUCCUUAAUGAUUUGUUCAAAAAGAGUAAACCGCUUCCUGUCCUGAAGAAAACUUUAGCUAACCUGUUAAAAUUGUUUGAGAGAGAUAUGAUAGUUAAGGACGACCUUAUAGUUAAAAUUCACAAUGGCGGAAAAGAGGAUAUUAUUCAAGAACUACAGAAAAUCACGUCAAGGAAGGAUUUCAUUAGCUACAGUAUGUUUAUGUGUUUUAUCGCAACCCAUGGUAAUUUGGAUGGGUUUAACACGAGUGAUGAGUACAUGGUUUCUUACCAAGACGUUUUCGGACUAGUUUCUCAAAAACACUGGAAAGAUUUCUCGGACAAACCGAAGAUUUUCUUUAUAGAUACUUGUCGAACACGUAUGGACAAAAGAGGACUUUAUCCAAAAUCACUGCAGAUCGAGGAACUAUCUACACAUGAAUUAUCUGUAAAAUGGCUUCCUCCAGAAUUUUUUGAGCAUUUUGAAUUAAACUAUUUGGUGAACCUUUACGAAAUAGAUGGCAACAAAAUGUGGAUUAAAAAGCGAGAGAUAGUUUCCCAGGAACCUAGUUGCUACUUAAAUGAUCUCAAUGCCAUGACUACUUAUAAAAUAAGUGUUUGGCCAGUGUUGGCAAAGACACAGAAAAAGAAAGGCUGGCCAAACCAUACAAAAUAUAUCAUUCGGGACGUGGAAGAAAGAAGGGAAAUUCAGACGGUGGCAUCAUCUCCUCAUUCUGUGACCAUAUCCUGGUGGUUGGAUGACGAAGUACAGGAUCAAAGAUUUACAGCUAAAUGCAGGAAGAAAACUGGAGGAGACGAAAUUUCCGAAGAGCUAGAUACCGUGCCCGGGAACCAACAGACACAUAUGAUUGACUACCUCAGUAGCAAUACUGCCUACCUCAUAGGAAUAUAUAUCGGAUCGGUGGUUUAUCUCCCAGAAGUCGAAAUUAGAACAAGGGCCAAAUUGCAGCCACAAAACCUGAGGUUUGAAAAGGUGCAAUCAUUUGAAAUUGUUGUUUCCUGGGAGCCACCGCUCCAAGAAUAUCAUGGAAUAUCCCAUUACUUAGUGGAAUAUAGAUCGAAAUUUAUCAUUGACUUCGUGGAAGUUCCUGUCAAACAAAUAUCACUUAAGUAUGAAUGUAAGCUAACGGAAAUGGAACCAGAUGUGUUGUACAAAGUACGAGUUUUUGCUGAAAAAAACAAAGAAAAAGGCGACCCGACGGAUUUUAUUCAGUGCCGAACUCCAAAAGUUGGUCCAGUGGAUUUAGAAAUAAAAUCGGACACUACAUCGAUAUCAAUAUUAUGGAACGAUGCCGUGCUUCCAAAUUCAAAAUCUACAAUAACAUACAGACUUUCGUUACGAUAUGAGGGCCUUCUCAUAACUAAUGGAUCUGUAAUUCAGUCCAAAAAGAAUGACCCGGUUCACAAGUAUAGCUGUAAGUUCUCAGAUCUGUGGACCGGGACACAGUACAAGCUAACAAUUCUCACAGUCUCAGACGAACACGUUUGGGAUCCACCGAUCGUUAUGGAUGUUAAAACAAAAAAAGAUAGAAACAGAACAAGCCUAGAACCCAGGGACAGUAACUUCUGCAUUGUGUACAGCGAAUCAUUGACCGGAACAGCCAAGGGGACGGACGGCUGGUUUAUGAAUUCUGUGAUAAAGAAUAUCAGGAACAGAUACUUGAAGCACAACCUGGAUGAUAUAAUAGGUUUCAUUCUGGAGGAUAUUCCGAGGCGACAGAAGAAAAAACUCAGAGACCCCAUUGUUAUAUCUACUGUCAAAUCCAGCAUCACGAUCUAGAAAUAACACGAAAUUCAAUGACGUUUUUGUAAUCACUAUUUAAACCAUGCAGUAUUGCUAUUUUAUUUCAGUCUGAAUUUUCUUUGUAAUUUUUGAAGUUUUUCUCAUUUUUGCACUG